GCAGGUGGCAGUGUCGUAGAUGACAGUAACAAACUGCGCAGCUUUCACUGAUCCAACAUGUCUGCGCCCUGAAGGUUUCUGCUAACAGCGUGAAGCUGCGGGACGAGUGAGAGUGAAUGGAUUCUCAGUUUACUUGGAGGCAGACUUAAGGCUUUCCAGACAGACCAGAAUGUCAAAAAUCUCCAAGGCAGCCAAGGCUGUGAAAAACAUGGCUGCAGAUGGCAUAAUCCGGACUAUAGUGAGGUCAGGACAAGCAGCCCCUGGACCCCCACUAGGCCCCGUCCUGGGACAGAGAGGAAUCCCCAUUGGGCAGUUCUGCAAGGACUUCAAUGAGAGAACCAAGGAGCUGAAGGAGGGCAUCCCUCUCCCAAUCAAGAUCCAUGUGAAGCCUGACAGAACCUAUGAGCUGAAGAUCGGCCAGCCCACAGUGUCUUACUUCCUCAAGCAAGCAGCAGGCAUUGCAAAGGGGGCCGGUAGCACAGGCCAUGAGACAGCAGGGAUGGUAUCAGUGAGGGCAGUGUAUGAGAUCGCCCAGGUGAAAGCUCAGGAUGAGUGCUUCAAGAUAAGGAACGCCUCCCUCCAGACGGUCGUAAAAAGCAUCAUCGGCUCAGCCCGUUCACUGGGAAUUAAGAUUGUAAACGACCUCUCAGCUGAUGAGUACAAAGUCUUCCUGGAGCAGAGGGAGGCGAAGUUGAAAGCUGAUGCAGAGGCGAGCUGA